GUGAGGCCCCAACGGGGCCUGAUCCAGCGUUUGAAGAAGGGGUGCGAGGCAGUCAGGGGGCAGAUCGACGCACUUCAUGCGGUCUGCAGGGAGUCAGGGGACUAUUUGAUCCUCGAGCUCUUUGCUGGCACGGCGAGAUUGACGAAAAUGGCGGCAGCCCGGAAGGGAUGGUCGGCAAUGGAUCCAGUAGAAGUGCAGCUGGGAUGUGAUGUCCGUGAGAAGCAGGUGAGGAAAGACAUCUUGGCUCUCAUCAGGGCGAAGCAACCCGACUUGAUCACCAUCUCUCCGCCUUGUGGUCCUUGGUGUCAAUUCCAACGCCUGGCCAAGGACGUCCAUCAGGUGCUGAUGAAGCAGGAGGAGGACCUUGUUUUUUGGCACUUCACGGCGGAGGUAUGGUCCGAGCAGAACAAGCAUGGUCGUUUGGUCUUGACGGAACAACCGUGGCAAAGUGAGGCUUUGAAACUCACCUUCAUGGAAGAGCGCAAGGACCUUCAUCGGGCCAAGAUAUCCCAGUGCGCUUUGGGGCUGGUGGAUGUCGCCUCCGGCAGACCGCAUUGGAAACUCACUGCAUUGGAUGUCAAUGACCCGCUCAUGAAGGACUAUAUGGAACCACGAGCUCUUUGUCGGCAUGCCCCUGGCGAACACCAGACAGUUGAAGGACAUGUGUAUUGGCAAGGUGGGUGGUGGAAGCGAUCCACUUUGGCGGCUCGAUGGCCAUCCGGUCUUUGUGAGCUCAUCCUGGAGGCGGCCGAACAUGUCUGGCGUGUGAGAAAGGAGCAACAGCAGCCACUUCGAUCGCUGGCUAUGCCGGGAGCGGCGGGGGAACACUACGCCUUGCCUGUGGAACCAACCCCGACCGUGGAAGGUGAGGUCCGCCGUCAGUUGGGCAAGGCUGAUUGGACGGGCAAUCAGUAUGACUACAUCUACUUUGAAGGUGAGGUCUCGGGCAAUAGGGUCACGAAGUUUGGAGAGAAGAUCCUGUCGGAUUCUUUUUACGUGUGGGACAUCGAAGGGGUCCGCUACAAUGUGACCCACAUCCUUGACAGCCUCACUGAGUACCACAUGGGCAUCGUCAGCCAAAAUCCAUCUGCUGAGGUGACGGCUGAACUUCUCCAGAAUCGCUGGUGUGGGGUCUUCGGGCCGCCAGAGCUUCUACAGACUGAUGCUGGCAAAGAGUAUGAAGAUGUGGUCCAACGGAUUUCGCGGCUGUUGGAUUUCCGACAUGAAGUCGAAGAGGAGCCCCUUCCACUGGCAGCUCCGGAGGUGCCUAUGAUGAUCGAGGAUCAGCCCAAGAGGAACACAACAGAAGAAGUGGUCCCGCCGGAGGAGGGCGAGCAGCGGGCGCAGAAGAUUCGGCGCAUGGAGCUGCUCAAUGACCUGCCCAUUAGCAUCAGACAGCAUCUUGGCUCGACUGGCCCUUCUUCCGCGGUGGCGCCGGCAAUGCCUCCACCACCUUCUGAGGCGGCCGCCGCGAUGGCUCCAGUUCCUGAAGACCUAGAAUCUGACGAGGGCAUGGACGGUCAGUCUCAAGGAGUGGCCUCUCAAUCUCCGUUCGAGAUGAACGUCAAGGAGAAGGUGAAAAUGUUCGAUGAUUGGGCUCAAAAUCGCAGAUCGCGACCAACCACCUUGAACGAAGCUCAACUUCGGAGCCAACUGGAGAAGGCCGCCAGCAAGGUCCGAGACAUCCGGAAGGUCAUUCAGAAGAGUCGCGUUGCACAACAUCGUCGAGUGAAGGGUCCUCGAAGUGAGAGAAGGGGGUCAGAACUCAUGGUCUUAGAGGUGGAGGCCGACGACUUUGAGGAGGUUUGGCGUGAAGCUUGCUCACAACAUCAGCUCCAAGAAAGUUUUUGGACGCAACCCACGGUGGAGGCGGAGGCGCUCAAGGAGAUCCAGGAGAAGUUGGUGAGCGAGCAAGAAGAACACAAACAAGCCGGUGCUGCGGCAGAGAUUGUGACGGGCAAGGCCAUGCCAAGUCUGCUCUUUUUCCUGCUGGCAGGGCCCUCCUUGGUCGGCGUGGAGGCCAGUGCGACCAGUGCCGGCCUGGCGCCGCAUACUGGCGAUCGCGGACACAGGGAGUCUGGCGGUCGGAGCGAAAAAAGGGCGGCUGGAGCUGCAGCGAACCCCGCCUACUACUUCGGUGCCUCAGGGGUCUCUGCUUUGGCCUUCUUCCCUCUCUGGAAGGCGGCCGCCAUUGGCCAAUCUGGCUACAAGGCCGUGCGCCGCGGGUUGUUAGACAUGUCGAAGCUGUGGCACCAGGUGGAAGGAAGCGGAUAUUGGCAGAAGUACUUUGAGGCCAUGAAGCCCCCAUGGAGAGGCGUGGCGCCGGCAGCUGCGGUGACGGCGACGGAGUCUCGAGUCGGUGGCAUGACCUGGGCACGUGCGGCCAUUUUCUAUGGCUCUGACACAGGCUCCAAAUGGAUGCGAAAGGAGGGCUACUCCACUGCGCUGGCCUCCACCGUGCCGUCCCUCUUGGUGUCCUGCUUCGCACAGGCCGUGAACCAACCCUUCGUGCGCUCCUCCAUCAUGCUGCAGAAGCCCGGCGAGGAGUUGGCCAAGGCCACCUUCCCCAACAUGACCAUGUUGAGGCAUCUUGCUCACACCAAGGGCUUUGGCUCCUGGUUCACCGGUUUGGAUGCUGCCAUCUUGAAGACCGCGCCAAAGUACAUGACGGCCGUGCUGAUCAAGGACUACAUGGGCCUCUGGUUGGCUCCCGUGGACCCCAAGGACAAGCAGGCAGUUCUCCUGAAGUCCGCCAAGAUUUCGGUCACUGCAGGCGUGGCCGGUGCGGUGCUGACCAACCCCUUGGAUGUGGUGCGCAACGAGAUGUUCAAGACUGAGGAGGGCAUGGUUGCUUGCAUGAUGCGAAUGAGCAAAGAGGACGGCAACCUCUCGGGACCUAUGUGGCUGCUGCGUGGCAUUGGCAAGAACUGGGUCGCGGUGGCCGCACCCAUUGCCAGCACCAUCUUCCUCACCGACCGGUUCAAGGUCUGGUUCGGCGGGGCAUGA